AUGUCCGAAGCGUCCAGCGGACCGUGCGCGCUGGUCCUCAUCGAGGAUCCCACCGCGCUCGACGGCGCCGACGUCCCCGAGCACAUCGCGUUGCAGCCCUUACGGCGCCGCGGUGAAGGAAAAGACGACGACACGCGCGAGGUGCCGGGAUUGCCACGAGCGAGCGAUUCCCGUGUCGUGAUCACGAUCGGACGCGACGCGACCAAGGUGGACGUCGCGAUGGACUGUACGACGAUCCCGCUUCUCCUCUCGAGGCGUCACGCGCAUUUGACGUGCGACGGCGACGCGCACUACGUGAGAGAUUUAGCCACGACGAACGGCACGUUCGUCAACGGGAGCCGAAUCGAAGCCAAGAGCGACGUGGCGCUGCGAGACGGAGACGUCGUCGCGUUCGGGGGACCGAGGUACGUCGCGCGAAACGCUGGGAAGCUUGCAAAUCCGUUUCGGUUUCGGUACGUCGCGCUGGAGCGCGCUGGGGUGGACGCCGGGGACGCGAGGACGAAGAGACAGAGGUUGAGCCAAGGGUCGGAGCGAGAGUUCGGGCUCGGUGGGGUGGAGGUUUCGGCGCAGGCGAGUCAGGUGUAUCAGCCGCUGCAGGGUAGUCAGACGAGCGAAACGGAUGAGGAGUUGGACGACGAGCUCAAGGCGCGAUUGAGGCGGGUAUUCGAGGGUGAGGACGCCUUUGCGCAGGCGUGCGCGAAGAGGUACUUUGGCGUGGUGUCUCCGGUGGAGUCUCCGCUGAGGAAAGCGAAGGACGCCACGGCGCCUAAGGGGGCAACACGAGGGUUCAAAUCGGUGCAUCAGUCACCACAGAGCGCGGACGACGAUGAGGGGCUGAAGGAGAAGCUCACGCAGUUGGUCGUGGAGCGUCUGCGGGAUCGACCGAUGUGGAUGGAAUCCGAGCUCAAGUGCGGCAUAUGCCACGAGUGGAUGACGAAUCCGCACUCGGUGAUUACGUGUGGGCACACGUUCUGCCUUGAGUGUGUUGACAAUUCAUUCUGUCACUCGUACACGUGUCCGCUGUGCCGGUCGCGCCCGAGCGCGCCUCGUGAGUUCUUGUUUGCCCCGGCGACGCUCGCGACCAAACUCCUCGAGGAGUACGUGAUACCAACGCUCACGACCAAGGAGCUGCAGCUCCGAAGGGCGAAAGACACGAACGCGAAAGAAGCACGCGAUCGCCGCGUCAAGCGUGCGACCGAGCUCCUAUCGUCCGCCACUCGCAACCGUGGUACCGAGGCCUCCGCCCCGGAGACGCAGUUUGUGUCGCCUCAGUUGGUGACGCCGAGCGAGAGAUCCAUCCCGUAG